UUUUGAUAUUAAUAGUCGUUUUGUUUGUUUCCCCAAUUCUUUCCCCUUUAAAUGUGUAGUAUUAAUGGAAUCUGUCGAAAUUAAUGUAUCUGAAACAGUAUCGGACAAUGAAGAUGAUUAUGGAAACUACUUUUUACAACCGGCUUCAUCGCCGUAUGACAUCGCUGAAAAAGUUAAACAGGCCAAUAACGAACUGUUUAAUGAAAAUCAAAAUGUGGAGGACAAACAAGUGAAAGUCAAAUUUAGAGAGAACUUAGUAGAUUAUGAGCCAGAAUUUUCUUACGAUGACGUCAGCAGUAUUGAAAGUGAAGACAAUAUCGAUUAUAGUGCACUGGACCAGGACACGUCUAUACUUGAAAGUCACUUAGAGACUGCUCUAAUUUUAAACGUAACGAAUAGUGACGAAGAACAAAAUGAAGAGGUAGAAGAAGAGGAAGUGAUAGAAUUAAUACCCAAUACUUUCAUUUCGGAAGAAAAUGUAGAUGGUAGUAUCAGUGUGCGUUGUGAAAAUGUUUCUGAUAAAGACCGACAGGAUUAUAACAGAUCUGCUGAAAUUGAAAGUAAAACAUCUCCAUUAAGAAAAAACCACAAAACAUUGUACUUAUCCGAAGAGAUAUCAUGUAAAAGACAUUGUAUCGAUAGUAUAGAUCGAUUUGAUUUUAAUUCUAACAUUAGGAAAGUACAUUUGGUGGAAAAACCAUUUAAGUGCCCACGCUUAAAGCUGCAACAUCGCAAUUGCUGCGAGAAUAAUGACAUUAAGUUACAACAGAAACUGCCUUGUUACAAUGGUCUACGGUCCGAGUACGGUUUAAAUGCUUUACAACUGGAAAGGAGAGAACGAAGAAAUGAGAUUUUGAAAUUAAAAGAACAGGAGAGGCAACGGGUGAUUGAGGAAAGAAAGCGAAGAAAGGUGCAGCAAAACGAGGAAAUCUUUUGCGAAUGGUUGCGCUCUGUAUCUUCUAGGAAAAAUUAUCACAAGAACGUUAAAAGAAAAGCUCCGUUAAACACCACAAAAAUCACGUUCCCAGCAAAACUUGAUGAUCGACCUAAUACAGCUUUUAAUUCACAAAAGGACGUCAAACAGGCGAUGCAAAAGAAGCGACCGUACACUUCUUCAACUUGUAUAUUUAUUGAGGUACCUCAAGGCAUUUUAGAAAAUGGGAUAAGCAUUGGUGACCUUUUAGUUAAGGGGAAGCGAAAAGAUAAUAAGCAACUCCAUCUUCUUACAUUUAGUUAAACAGCACUUCUUAUUUGCGAAAACCCGUAGUAAUGUGGUUAAUUGCACUACACUGCAUUCUGGAAGAAGAUGAAAUGAACUAUUAUA